UAAUGAGAAUGAGGCUCAUUACAUCAAGUUUGUCUUUUGACUUAUUAACACUUCUUCUCAUUGGAAUAAUAUUAUUUUACAACUAUUUAAAAUCAAAAUACAAUUAUUGGAAAGAACGAAAUGUACCAUAUGAAGAACCGAAUUUAAUAUUUGGUAAUUUUUAUGAUGCUUUUACAUUUAAACGACAAAUAACAUCAUUUUUUCAUGAUCAAUAUCGAAAAACAAAUGAUAAAGUAUUUGGUUUAUAUGUAUUCCAACGUCCAUUUUUAUUAUUACGUGAUCCGGAAUUAAUAAAGCAUGUAUUGGUAAAAGAUUUUAAUAAUUUUAUACCGAGAUCAAAUUCUAAAUCAUCAAACGAUCCAAUUGGCAAUAAAAAUUUAUUUUCUUUAAAAAAUGUUCAUCAUUGGCGUUUUAUGCGUUCAAAAAUGUCACCUUUCUUUUCGUCUGGUAAAAUGCGUAAUGUAUUUGGUUUAUUGGAUACAAUUGGUGACCAAUUAACGGAACAUAUCAAAAAGCACUUAAAUGAAACAAUUGAUAUAAAAGAUGUGAGUCAAAAGUAUACAAUAGAUGUAAUUGUAUCAGCAGCAUAUGGAAUAGAAGCAAAUUCAUUUACAAAUGAGAAAGCGGCAUUUUCAUCGAUUGGAAAAGUUAUAUUUACAUAUUCAUUAAAACGGAGUGUGGAAUUAAUUUCUUAUUUUUUUGCACCUUUACUAGUGAAGUUAUUUAAUUUCAAAUUCUUUGGUGAUGAGGCAACACAAUUUUUUCGUAGUGUUUUUUGGACUGCAAUCAAGGAACGCGAAUUAAAUUACGUAAAACGACCAGAUUUAAUUGAGGCGUUAAUUGCAUUGAAAAAUAAAGGAACAUUAGAAGAUAGUCCUGCAGUAGGUGAUUUGGGUACUAUGAAUAACAGUAAAAAAUUAAGUUCAAAUAAAGAUACGAUUAAAUUGGAAGGCGAUAUUUUGGUGGCUCAGGCAGCUGUAUUUUUCGCAGCUGGAUUUGAAACCUCAUCAUUAGCUAUAUCUUUUACACUAUAUUUUCUGUCCUAUAAUCCAGAAAUACAAAUAAAAUUGAGAAAAGAAAUUCAAACAGUCAUUGCACGGAACGGUGGUAAAUUUACUUAUGAUUGCCUCCAAGAUAUGAAAUUUUUGGAGGCAUGUAUCAAAGAAACAUUACGAAUGUACCCAACGUUGGGUUUUUUGGAUCGAGAAGCAAUAGAUACAUAUACAUUCCCAGGGACAAAUAUUACAAUUGAUAAAGGUACGGCCGUGGUGAUUUCAUUGGAAGGAUUACAUAGAGAUUCACAAUAUUUUGAAAAUCCUGAUGUAUAUGAUCCUGAACGUUUUAAUGAAAAUAAUAAAAUAAAUAUUGUACCAUUCACCUUCAUGCCGUUUGGUGAAGGGCCUCGUAAUUGUAUAGGAGCUCGUUUUGGUAAAAUAUCAACGAAAAUUGGAUUAGUGCACAUUUUAAAAGAUUUUGAAUUGGAAACAACUAAAAAUCCUGAACCAGUGAUAAUUGACAAAAGAGCUGUUUUUCUAUCACCUAAAGGAGGAAUAAAUUUAAAAUUUCGUACUGGAACUGUUUACGUACAAUAAUAUAUUUGUGAAAAAAUUCUUAAUAUACUUAUAAUUUAUUAUACCC